AUGAUUGAGUUCUUUGAUCUACCAAAUGAGAUCAUUCAGAUUAUUUUCAACUACGUUCCUCAUGAAUCGUUACGUCCACUAGUUGACAUCAAACCAAUUCGAAAUUAUGUGUUGAAUUCAAUGUAUCCAGAGUUAUAUAUUGGAGCUGCGAUAUUUGAGGUGAUGAAAAGGAAUCGAAAAUUCACGGAUUUGGUUGUGAGAAAUGUGAAUGAGUGUAUUGCGUUCUUGGAAUCAACGCCAGCAAUUAGACCAAAAUUGUUUUACUUUACUCAACCAUUGGAUGCAAUUAUAUUUGUCACCAAGUAUCCUCAAUAUUUAAAAGGUGCAAAGAUUGGACUUUCAUUUUUAAUGAUUGAACGCUUUUCUACAUUAACGAAGGUUUUCUGUGAAAAUUAUGUGGAUAAUCCGUUUCCAAUCGAUCAACUUCAUUCUUUUGACUUGGAUUAUUUAGAACUUGAUGGAAUGUCUAAUUUGUCAAAGGAUGUGACAUAUUUUGUUGAAAGAAGAUUUUCGCCAAUUGAUUUAAAGAAACUAUCUUCUAAUCCAUUACAAUUUCCAAAUUUGACAAAACUUGAGUUAUUCGAACCGUUGACGCAAGAAAAUAUGAAAUAUCUUCCUUGUCAAUUGAAAUCGUUAACGUGCACUUUAGAAGCUUUGAGAGAACCAUUUGAAUUUAAUUUUCCUGAUAGUUUAACCAUUUUAAAAAUUAAUAUCAAGGUUGCUACUAAUGAAGAAUUUUAUUUUGAUGUUGCGUCAAUGGAGAAACUUCAAACACUUGAAAUCGAACAAGAUUUUAAGCAAGGAGAUAAACUUGCAUUAAAUCUCCCAGUGAAUCUAAAACUCUUAACUAUUGAUGAAAAUAUGAGACCAAUCAACAAUUUACAGGAAAUGUGUCCAUGUUUGAUUAAAUUGCACGUGUCUAAAAUUGGUUCAGAAGUUAAUCCUACAAAUACAUGGGUACAGCCAUAUCCUCAAACAUUACAACACUUGAAGAUUCCAUAUGGGGAAAUAAUUGACUCCGAUUCUAAUAGUGUCGUUAGUUCUGUAUCUGGAGUAAGUGCUACUUCACACAUUAGCAUGGCAAAGGGUAAAAAACUGGUUUCAGAUAUUUUAUCAUUUAUACCUAGAAAUUUGAGAAUGUUGCAAUUAAUAGGGAAUCGUGAAUUUAAUUAUGACAUGUCAUUAGAUUUUGAAGAUACAGAUUUUGUUGAACUUUCGGAAUUAGAAAUUAAAUUUGCUACUAAUUUAUAUUUAUAUGGUGAUCUUCCAGUGAACUUAACAAAACUUACAUUAAAUUGUAUGUACAUCCAUGAGUUUAAUUUGAAUCAAUUACUUGAUCUCCAAAAUCUUCGUGAACUUUCACUUUCAUCCUUGAAGGAAAUUGAGGAUUUUUCAUUUGACUUUCCGGAAUCUUUGUUGAAAUUGGAAAUUAUAGAUUGUACUGCACCAGGAUUUUUUAUAUCAGCAUCUAAUCUUCAAGAGUUGAAAAUAUCUGGUCAAUUUUGUGCUAUUUUAGAUGAUUCUAAUGUAAGUAUUCCCCAAUCAGUCAAGAGAUUGAGUUUUGAAGGGAACUUCACAAAUGAGUUUUCACCUACAUUACCAGCUGGAUUGGAGGUUUUAGACUUGGGUGUUAAUCGUAUUAAUGGUAUUAAACAUUUACCUAGUAGUAUAAAAGAUUUGAAAUUUGCGAUAAAUUAUUUGGGGCAUUAUUCUGGUGAUUGCUUUGAGUUCCCUGUGGGAUUAGAAUCACUUGAUCUUGAUUGUAAUGGAAUAAAUGAAGCAUGGAUUAAAGCACUGAAUUUAAAAGAAUGUGUUAAUUUAAAAAGAUUAAAUCUUGCCCUCAAUCUGAUUAGAAUAUUGGAAUUGGAGAACUUUCCUAAAUCAUUAAUUCAAUUGGAUCUUUUCAAUAAUAGUAUUCGUGAAAUAAAAGGUACAUUUAAAGAUUUUACAAAUCUUGAAGAAAUCAAUGUACAGUCAAAUGAUUUAGGUGGAUUCUUUGAGACUACCAAUAAUUUGGAUACAUUUUUUGGUGAAAAUAUUAAAUUUAUUGAUUUUGGCUGUAAUCAUUUUACUCAAGAGAAUGUCAAAGUAUUAUAUGAUGAAUUGGUAAAAUAUCCAAAAUUUAUGUAUUUGAAUGUUGAUAAGAAUGUAACACCUCAUGUACGUGAUUCGAUAGAAUUGUGGGAUGGUCGUAUUGGAUGGUCUCGUGAUACAGACUAG